AUGAAAAAGCCAAAGGACGGCGAGAAAUGGGUAAUUGAGACCAAUCGGCUUACCAUCUACGAUGUGAGAAAGGGCAUUCAUGGCAAGGGUGAUAAUGCUGUCUACCAAUGCAAAGCUGAGAACAAGCACGGCUACGUAUGGACCAACUUCUACCUCAAUCUCCUGGCCUUCAAACCUCAAUUGUUGACGGAUGCUGGAGAGGUGGAAGCUGUGGCCGGUCAGUCAGUAUCGCUGGAGUGCAAAUUCUUCGCCAGUCCAAAUGCAGUCAUCACCUGGUCAAGCCCGCUCCUGCAAGGCAUUGUUCAUAACGUGAUUCCAGCCAGUCCGCACGGUGUUGGAAAACUUGUUAUUCCCAAUGUUACACCAGAAGCGGAAGGAGAAUACGAAUGUACGGGAACGAAUAAGUACGGCCAAUCCAAAGGAGCUGCGAAACUUCUUGUGCGAAAAGCCACUCGAUUGGAACCAUUCCGACGAGCCGAAGAAGUCAAAAUUGCCGGAGAAACUAUUCGGUUACCUUGCGAAGCUACUCCUGAUGAACGCCUCGAGGUCAAAUAUGAAUGGCAUGUCAACGGUCAGCCUCUGUCCGAAGUACAUUUGCAGUCGGGACAUUACCAGGUGGACGACGACAAUUCACUGCUAGUCAACAAUCCCACACAGUAUGACUCGGCAAAGUACAAGUGUAUUGCAAGCACGAAGCUCGACAAAGUUGAGAAGGAGGUCCAGAUUCAAAUCAAGGGUAAGUCGCUCAUGACUAAGCCUCUAAUUUUUCAUGAACUGCUGUUUCUGUAG